AUUGUUUCGAAAAGGAAAUACACGUCAGUUACUUUUAGAGAAAAUAUAACGUUAUAUUUGAUUGGUCAAUCUCGUGUACUUUAGUCCUAUGAAAUAAGUGUUACGAAAUUUGGUUAGAAAUUAAAGUUUAGGUGGUGAAGAUGGCUGGAAAAACGAAGCCGAAAAAUGGGAUGAACGGGAAAACUAAUGGAUUUAAUAAUUGUUAUCAAAACGGACAUAAUUCACAGAACACACCUCUGAAGGAUACAUUUAUAGAAACAUUUGAGGAAACACCUCUAUCUACAGCCAUUUUAACAUAUCUGGGAUAUGCUGUUCUGGUUGUUAUUGGACAUAUCAGAGAUUUCUUGCGGAGUCUUGGUAUUGAAAAAAUAAAGUCAUGCACAGAACCCAAGCUUCAGGGUUACGUUUCACUCUAUCAGAGCUGGGAAAGUUUUUAUACAAGGAAUCUCUACAGAAGAAUAAGAGAUUGUUGGAACAGACCGAUAUGCAGUGUAGCUGGUGCAGAAAUGGAUAUGUUAGAACGUGUAUCUCCUGAUAAUGGAUGGAACUUCGAAUUAACUGGAAAGACCCAGCAUGUAUUAAAUUUUGGAUCAUAUAAUUAUCUUGGUUUUGCUGAAAAUAAAGGUCCCUGUGCAGAUGCUGUAGAAAAAUCUACAAUGAAGUAUGGCGUGGGAUGUUGUGGAAGUAGGCAAGAAUUAGGUUAUUUAGAAAUCCAUAAACAGCUUGAUGAAUUAGUGGCAAAGUUUCUUGGAGUAGAAGCUGCCACCACUUUUCCUAUGGGUUUUGCCACUAACUCCAUGAACAUGCCAAGCAUUGUGGGAAAGGGAUGCCUCAUUUUAAGUGAUGAACUAAACCAUUCAUCUUUGGUGCUGGGGUCAAGGUUAUCAGGAGCUUCCAUUAAAACGUUCCACCAUAAUGAUAUAGAAGAUUUAGAAAAUAAACUUAAAACUGCAGUAGUCUUUGGACAGCCAAGAACACACAGGCCAUGGAAAAAAAUUCUAAUUGUCGUAGAAGGAGUAUAUAGUAUGGAAGGAUCGAUUGUAAAAUUGCCAGAAGUGGUAGCAUUAAAGAAGAAAUAUAAAGCUUAUGUUUACUUAGAUGAGGCCCACAGUGUAGGAGCCAUGGGACCACAUGGCAGAGGCAUUGUGGAUUAUUUUGGAAUUGAUCCUAAAGACAUUGAUAUUAUGAUGGGAACAUUCACAAAAAGUUUUGGUGCUGCUGGUGGUUAUAUUGGAGGGUCUAAGGAUUUGAUAAACCAUUUGAAGUUACAGUCUCAUGGAUCAAUAUAUUCGUGUACCAUGGCCCCUCCAGUUACACAACAAAUCAUAUCAUCUAUGUCAAUCAUCAUGGGAGCUGAUGGCACUAAUGAAGGUCAAAAAAGAGUACAACAACUGAAAUGGAAUACCAGAUAUUUCAGAAGGAGGUUACACGAUAUGGGUUUCAUUAUCUAUGGAAACAAAGAUUCACCUGUCAUUCCAUUGUUAAUAUUUAUGCCAUCUAAGAUUGCUGCAUUAGGCAGAGAAUGUUUGAAAAGAGGACUUGGUAUUGUGGUGGUAGGAUUCCCAGCCACACCCAUCAUAGAAUCUCGAGCAAGGUUCUGUCUGUCUGCUGCUCAUAAUAAAGAAAUGUUAGACAAGGCCCUUGCAAUAAUAAAUGAAGUUGGUGAUAUGCUAUCUUUGAAAUAUUCCCGAACUAUUCCACCAAGUUUUAGUGAGAAGGAUGUGGAGUUGUUAUUGUGAUUGUUUAGAAGAUGUGUAAACAUGACAGUAGUAAUGGCCUUUUAGAUGUGUUGCCAUGACAUUCAAUAAUUCAUGUUAAUGACGGAUUCUGUAUCAACGGUGUUUGGAUUACAAUGGAAAGUGUUCCGGGAAUCUUUAUAGAGACUACACUAAUGUCAACCAAUCAGAAUCUUGAGAAAUUGUGAAUUGUGUGGAAUGUCAAUCAGAUAAUGUUUUACAGUCCAAAUCAUGGAAUGUUGGUGUAGUUUGAGUGGACAUUUAUCAUAAUCAAUUUGACAAUGUUAUAGUCUGUAUCAUGGAAAAUAAGUAUAGGUUGAGUGAAAAAUUAUCAUAGUACUAUAUAUGUUAGUUAUCUGGUCACAAUAUAUCUCUCAAUAUCAGUGAUAUACAGUUCGUUAAGUCAUGUAGCAAAAAAUUAGUAUUGUCUAUUCUCAUGAAAACAGCAGGGCAGAGAAAAUUGGUCUUGUAAGUCUGAUCUUUGUUAACUGAAAUGAUAGGCAACCUUGAUGAUGUUUUUUCUUGCUAGAAACUUUUUUGUUUUUUCAGCGGAACAAAAGCAAUGGACCUUCACAGAUGUGAUUCUGUGUUCUGUUUCUUUUCAUCUUUAAAUCUGGAACUAAUAAUUUCACUGGACUGGACCAAAUCAAAUUUUACUUCUCCAAUAGUUGAUAAAAUUUGUGAAUGACAGAAUCCAUUUGACUGUGAUGUAAUGUUGUUAAUCAUACAUGAUGCAAAUAUAUAUGUAUCAGUUGUCUUUCAGGAAUUGUUGUACAAUUUUAAAUUUUAUAAUUUAUGAACUUAACCUUUUAACUAUCAUGACUAUCAAAAUAAUUUGAUGUAAUUGUUUAUAGCACAGAUUUUUUACACCUGAAUGCUAGUAUUAUCUAUCCAUCAUCUGUCAUUCAGAUCAUCAUCUUUUCCUUCAAAAGUGUUAUAUCUUUGAAAUGCAAGAAAAUUGGUGCAUCCUACCCAUCAUCACCGACAUCAACAUCAAUUUAACUUAUGGAUGUACUUAGGUGAGCUUAGGUGAAAUUAAGUAAAUCAAGAAUUUUAAAUUGAUACAAUAAGCUGGAAGAGUAUUAGUUAAGGAUGAAAAUAAGCUAAAAAAAAUUGAUAGGUCAUGGAGCUCCUUUUCAAAAUAUUGGAUUUAUAAAAUAUGGUGGGAAAAGGCUGACUUGGACUUUUACCUUGUAUUUUGCAUUGGUAUUAUUUGGGUCUCAAACUAAAAGAAAGAAAAUCAAGAAUCUGCUAAAAUUUUAUCAAAUGUCCUUUUAUGAGCUAUUAAGUCUUAUAUUAAAAGAUAAAUAGGUGUUAUAGGGCAAAAUAUUUUACCUUAUAUCGUCAUGGAAAAACACCAAGGAGUCUGAAUAUCUGACACAAAUUCUAAAACCUCACCUAAGUACAUCCUAAUCACUCAAAAAUAUCAUCUCUCUUAGGUUCAUAAAGAUUCAUCAAAAUUGAAUGUUACAGCUGAAUCUAAUUGUGUUUUAUCUGGUUCACCUUCAUUCAAUGUGUUUAGUGCUAUAUUUUACAAUAUUUAUAUAUUUGAUAUUUACAUUAUAUUCAUAUGCUAUCAUGCAUGAUUUUAUUUAUGCGCCAAGUGUGUCUUUUCCAAGAUCUUUAACAGCUUAAGAAUUCCUUCCUAGUGAAACAAAUCCAGCCAUUUUUGUAUUUACAUGUAUCUACCGAUGCUAAUUUUCUGCCAGGAGUAAACAAAUACAAAUACGUUUUUGGCCUUAUACAAGUUAUAUAUAAACCUUUUUAAAGUUAUCUUCUGGAAAAAUGUCCAUUUAGAAGACCUAUUAAUCUUCAGUGAUGUAAAAAAUGCAAAUUAAUAAGUAUUUAUUUGUUCAUUUGAUUAUAUAUGUUUAAGAUUUAAGCUUAUUGUUUCAAUUGAUAGGCUGAUCUCAGUAUUGAAAAUAAAUAGAGUUAUCUUCCCAUUUACGUGGGUAGUGCCAUUUUGUGAUGGCAAAGUCAAAGUGACUGUGACAAACUCCUUUGGAAAAGUAAAGUUCUCAUGUAUGCUACCAUAUUAUUUUUUUCAAAAAUCUUUAUAUAUUUUUUCAUAUAUUUGCAUUUCUUAAAGUGAAUCUCUAUCCACAUAUCUAAGCUGACUGAGAAAAAUUUACUUUUGAAAUGAGUAUAACUGCUGAUUUCAAUGCUUACAUAUUAAUUGAACAAAUAAUUGUUAACGUAGAAAUUCUUUUUUAUUUUUAAAUGCAUUUAUUAUUUCUUCUCAAAGUUAAAAAUGUCAUUAUUUAUACAGUAUUUUAUUGUCUUCGUUUGUGUAUUAGGUUCUAUAUUUUAUUUUUUAACCAUUAGUAUUUUGUAUUUUUAUAUUACUGGUACCGGUAUAUAGUUAUUACUGGUACCAGUAUCUAGUAUUAGAUAUUUAAGUGCCAUUCAUUUGCCAUUUACAUUAAUCAUCUAAUUUAUUUUUCAUUUCAAUUAUUAAAAACUGCUUGAUAUACGUUUAAUUAUGAUAUGACAGAAAGAUUAAUGUUUACUUGGCUUUUAUCAAAUGCCAUUUUAAUUGACAAUCCAAAGCUUUCAUGUGAUUACCAGUUUUCUGACAGAUUAGAAAUUCUAUUUAUAUUGAGACAAGCUUUUUAGUAAGCUGAUACUUGUUAGAAACAAAACUGCUCAAGUGAGCAUUUAAAUGAAUCUUGCAUGAAGUCACUUUUUUUCAUUUGACCAGUUUUGUGAAUUCAACAACUUUUAAAAGCUUCUGUCAGCAUGAAUAGAAUUUACAACUUUCAGAACAAUGAAACUGAUUAAAACAUUAUUGAUAAUUGGGGUAAACAGUUUCUUUCAGAAAUAGACAUUGUUAAAAUAAAAACAUUGUGUGUGAGGCAUUGUUUAAACUAGUUUUUGUGUGUGUUUAAAUUAGAACAUUGUGUGUGAGACUUUGUUUAAAUUUGUACACUGUGUGUGAGACAUUGUUUUAAUUUGUACACUGUUUGUGAAACAUUGUUUAAAUUUGUACACUGUGUGUGAGACAUUGUUUAAAUUUGUACACUGUGUGUGAGACAUUGUUUAACGAAGUACAUUUUGACUGAGGCGUUGUUUGAUUUAAAUAUGUGUCUGUUUACUGUGACAGUUAGAUAUAGAAUUAUAAGGCUAUAUUUUGAAGUUAAAGCCUUAGAACGGUUGUGAUUGACAAAUUACUGUGAUUUUGAAAGGGUAAAAUUUAGGCACAUUGUGAACUUACUUAUAGUAGUUGGUACCAUUUAUAACAUUCCAAAUUUGCUUCAUACUGAUCAUUUUUACCAUUUUAUAUAAACCCAAGUGGCACAUAGGGAUGACAUCACAACACAUGUAGGUCUUUCUCUAAUGGAAAUAUUCCAGUUUCAGAAUUUUAAGGACUUUUGGCUAUUUUAUUAUUCUUACGUCAAAUUGAAUUUUGAUUAACACCAUAAGUUGACACUCGGGUUUAUGAUAUUGCCACCAAUCAUUUUUUUGUUGUAUGUAAACAAGUACCUUUUAUGAAAAAAUACCCAGAAUACUUCAUAUUCUGAAACAUCCAAUCACAAUUGCUGAAUAUCAAGUAUGUUUUUAAAUCAUCCAAUCACAUUCACUGAAUAUUUAAAAUGUUCAAAAAUGAAUCAGAGCUGUGGUACACAGACAGCAUAUUUCAUCUUGCAUUAUAAAUUAAUUUAUUUAUUAAUCAUCCAUAUUUUUAUUGUAAAUAUUAUUAUUAGUUUUUACUUAUUUACACUUAGUUCUGAAUUAUUAUGUUAAAUUUCAGGUAGUGUUAAGCAUAAUGUUAAUGAUGUAUUUGAAAAAAAUGACAGUAGUUUAAUACUGGACCAGUGUUGACUAGCCCUCACUGUGUACAUGCAACACUGGUUUUGUAAGGCCUUCUGGAAUAGUUUAUGAUUAAAGUUUCCAUGGAUGUGUUGUAAAGUAUAUAGAAAAAAAAUGCAGUGAUUUAUUUUGUUGAAUUUGGGAUGACUAUUGUCACCAAUAAAACAAAAGCGAUGGACACUACUGCUGAUAAUACUGGUGAUUUGAUGAUAAUUUUAAUCUGCUGGUAUAGUGUGGAAACAUUUGAAAUUAUUCCAGUUGUGUUUUUAUGUCAAACUACUUGACUUUUCAUACAUUGUUUAAAUCAUAGAAGAGUCCAAUAUAGUUGUUGUUUCAAUGUUAAGGUUGAUAAGUUGUGUUAAAUGACAUUUUUCUAUGCAUCUGUGUGAAAUUUUUACACAAAAAUAGGAAUAUUUAAAAUUGUUUCUAUUUAAAAAGAUUGAACAUACUUUUCUGUUUGGACACCCUCACCCAGUUAUUUGUAAAAUUAUAUCAAACACUUAAAAAAACAAACUAUCUCAGAACCAAAUGUAUUAAAUUCCUUUUCAAGUGAUCAAAAACAUUUAAUUUUUUUCACUGAAUGAAUGAAUUAGUUCCUUUUCGAUUGUUUUUUAUAAGUUUGUCAAGUUAGGAUUCAGACUUAAUAAAUGUUAAACCUUAUUUAAAAUCUGUCAUAUUAGGAUGAAACUUUAGUAAGAUAUAUUUUGUAUGUGAAAAAAAUUAGUUCUUUAUUGGAACCAAAUAAAUGGACAAAUAAGUGGCUAUGUACUUAAUAAUUGUUAAAUCAUUAAGAUGUGUUUAAACUUAAUUGUUAAAUCAUAAAGAUGUGUUUAAACUUAACCACAGUUAUUGGAAAUAUUUUCAGUUUUGAAAACAAAAAUCUAGAAUUUAUUAAGUUUCAAAGAAUAACGACUUGAGGAUAAACAUAUUCUUCGGUCUUAAAAACUUGUGUGUUAGUACUUGUAUUCAUAGCAUUAAAGAGUUCAAAAUUAUUUUUUCAAUGAUUUUUUAAUUUGUUAUCAAGAAUUACUGGUAGUUAAUAUUGAUUUAUUAUUAUAUUUACAUUUUUAUGACAAAAGUUAAUUAUAAAUAUUAUGCGGGUAUUCUAUAUAAUUAAAAUGACCAAAAUGUUGAUGAAAAUUUAUAGAAAAAUUUAAUUUUGUUAUAUGUUUUUAAGUUUAUAAGGUGUGUUAUUUUUGUUUAGAAUUGUAAUAAUGUUGAGAAUAUUUAUAGAUAUAGUUUAUGUAGAUAUUUGUUUGCUUACAUGAAGUUAUUUGUGAAUGUAUUGAACUAUUCUUUCUUACAGUAGAUUAAUAUGCCAGCUUUGUUUUUUUU